CUCUCUCUCUCUCUCUUUCAAGUUUCUUCAAUGGAACCUCAAAAUCCGAGCCUUCACUUUUACUGUCAUACUGUGAGCCUUUAAACCUUGCAUAUGAUUGUCUUAUCAAAAGUUGGAUGAGGAGCGUCCUGUGAUGAAACUAAACAGCUUUUUCAAGAUCACAAAGUUUCAAUUUUUAUGCUUUUAGACUCAAACUCCACCUUCCAAUUUAGCUCCUGUUUCAAUUUUUGAGCUCCCAUUUCAUGUCUUAGAGUGGAAAGCUUCAGCCUUGGGCUUUUUGGACUAAUUUCUUGGUCUCCUGUCAAGAAACGAAUAGUCUUUCUAAGCACAAUUUAAGGAAGUUUGGAGUUUGUAAGCGCAAUUUUGUUGGGUUUCGGGGAUAGGAUUUGAUGGCAAUGGGGAAGGAGAACCCAACUGAAAAUAGAGUGAAAACGACGUCAAAAUUUGCUGAUCAAAACCAGGCUUUGAAGGGUAAUGUUAAAGGAAAUGGCAAUAUUCCAAAGGUGAAGUCUUCAUGGGGGUCUCAGAUUGUGAAGGGAUUGUCAGGGGAAAAGAAAACAAAGCCGCAGAUAACAGUGCAGAGCAAGAAAAUACCCUUGGCGAGCUCCGACAUUGUGAACUCUCAAUCAAGGGCGAAGAGGUCUCUGAUGGGAGAUUUAUCAUGUUCGGUGACUGCCACGCAGGUUCAUCCCCAGAGAACAAAAUCUUCGGGCUCUCGCGAUUUAUUCCUGGAAAUAGACCACCUGAGGAGCCUGCUCCAGGAGUCUAAGGAGAGCAAGAUGAAGCUCGAGAGGGAGAUUGAGCUGAAGGGUCACGAAAUCGAUGGCCUCGUCAAGAGAGUGGAGGCAUUGGAAUACGAAAAGGCCAACCUUUCUGAGGAGUUAUCUAAGAGGGAUAAGAACAGAGAUUUGACUGGCUUGGAGAUGGAAGUUCUUGAGCUUAGGCGUUUGAACAAGGAGCUUCAGCUUCAGAAGAGAGACCUUUCUUGCAGGCUUUCUUCUAUUGAAUCUCAGCUAUUGACAACACCAAAAGUUUCUGAGGAGAAUGAUGUUGAGAAGAUCAAAGCUGAGGCUUCAUUGCUAAGACACAAGAACGAAUCGCUUUGCAAACAAGUUGAGGGUCUGCAGAUGAGCCGGUUAAAUGAGGUUGAGGAGCUUGCCUAUUUGAGGUGGGAGAACUCGUGUUUAAGAGACGAGUUGCGUGGUUGCCCGGCCAUGAGUUGUGAUAAGCCUUCUAGUCCUCACGGUAGUGACAAGAGCCGAGAAUCCAUAUGCUUGUCAUCUUAUCAAAGCGAUGAAGACUCCAAAUGCAGUAGCGCGAGGAGGUUAAGUCUUAUUAAGAAGCUAAAGAAAUGGCCUCUUACUGAUGAAGAUAUUAGCCAGUUAGAAUGCCAGGAUGAUGUUGGCGUUGAUCGUUGGGAUAAUUCACAGAAUUACGCUAGGCGACACUCUAUAAGUGGAUCAAAAUUCUGUGUUGAAGACUUGGUGAUUAAUAUGAGAAGACAGUCUGAUGGAUUUAUGUGUUCAAAAGAAGUGGAAAAGGAAACUGAGCCUCUUGCUUUCCAACAUAAAGUGACAGCUUCUUCGGAGGUUGAGAGACGAGCCCUUCGUGUCCCCAAUCCCCCUCCUAGACCUUCACCAGCUGUUUGCAGUGAACAGAAGAAGGAAAGUUGUGCUAAAAUUCCUCCUCCUCCACCUGCUCCCCUACCCCCUCCUCCCCCACCUCCCCCAAAAAUCAUGGUUAGAAGUUGUACAACAGGAACAGUGCAACGAGCUCCACAAGUAGUCGAGUUUUAUCAUUCUCUCAUGAAAAGAGACUCAAGAAAGGACUCUUUAAACGGCGUUUGUGAUGUCUCAAAUGUUGCAGAUGUUCGUAGUAGCAUGAUUGGUGAAAUUGCAAACCGAUCAUCAUAUUUGCUCGCUAUAAAGGCGGAUGUUGAGACUCAAGGCGAAUUUGUGAACUCCUUGAUAAGAGAGGUCAACAAUGCAACAUUCUUGGACAUUGAACAUGUUGUUGCAUUUGUGAAAUGGCUUGAUGAUGAACUUUGCUUUCUGGUGGAUGAAAGAGCAGUCCUAAAGCACUUCGAUUGGCCAGAGAGUAAAGCUGAUACAUUACGCGAGGCAGCAUUUGGAUAUAGAGAUUUAAAGAAGUUGGAGAAUGAAGUUUCACAUUACAAGGAUGAUCCUAGAUUACCAUGUGAUAUUGCACUUAAGAAAAUGGUUGCUUUGUCUGAGAAGAUGGAGCGCACUGUGUAUAGUCUUCUUCGCUCCAGAGAUUCAUUAAUCCGCCAUUGCAAGGAGUUCCAAAUUCCCACAAACUGGAUGCAAGACAAUGGGAUAUUAAGCAAGAUAAAGUUAGGGUCGGUGAAGCUGGCCAGAAUGUAUAUGAAGAGGGUGGCUAUGGAACUUCAAUCGAAGGGACCAUCAGAUAAAGAUACUUCCAUGGACUAUAUGCUACUCCAAGGUGUGAGAUUUGCUUUCAGAAUUCAUCAGUUUGCUGGAGGAUUUGAUGCAGAAACUAUGGAUGCAUUUGAGGAACUUCGCGAUCUUGCACUGGCUUUGAACAAGAUGUAGAUCGAAAAGAAGAGGAUAUAUAUAUAGUUUAACUUGAUAAACAAGAAUUAAGCAGUAUAGAUCUGAUAUUGCUAGAGGCCUAGCUACCAUCUCAGUAGCAUUAUUCCUAGCUUGCAAAAUGAGUUUUUUGUAUUUUGACUAUUUUCAGUUUUAUGGAUGUGGCAAUUUUGGUUU